AACUGACCUCAAAGUUAAGAUUAUUCUUGCCCCUCCCUCACAUUUUUUCUAGCUGACGGACUGCAAUAAACUGAGCGUUUGCAGCUGCAUUCCUUGAGAAAGACAGAAGACAGAUUCUUUCAACCAUGGCAAACCAGGCGUUUUCCCCAGAGGCUGCUUUCCCUCAUGGGAGGCGGAGGGAGAAAUGGGACCCCAGGCUUCUUUCAAGGGCAAGGACUUGCUUGGGAAAAAACGAGAAUGCCUCCAGGCCUACAGCUGGUGGAGAACACCACAGAAAAAACAAAAGAAAAGGAACAAAAUAAACCCAGGAAGAAUAGAGUUUGUUAGUAGUAGUAGUUCAGCCAGACCAGAUUAUUCAAUAUUUGUUGGGGAGCUUACCCCAGAAGUGGGUGAUUUCCAGCUCUGUGACUAUUUCCUAAAGAGGUAUCCCUCAUGUAUUGACUGCAAAAUAGCAACAGACCUGCUGGGAUAUUCCAGAGGGUAUGCCUACGUCAGAUUUGGUGAGCAAGGUGAUCAGAUGAGGGCACUGCAAGACUGCCAGAAUGCACCAGGUCUGGGGGGAAAACGAAUCCGGCUGAGCAUAGGAAUUUCUAAAAGGUAACCAAUGAGUUGUGCAUUGAUACAGUUAUUCUAAAUAAUCAGAUUCUUGUAGUUCUGCCUUUGUAAAGUCUGUGGCCCUUGCUGUAAUGGCUGUACACAGGAUGCAGUCUACAAAA